CUGACAAUUUAUGCGGCCCACCAUUACAACAAUUUUUCCUGGUGCGUUAUCUAUGAAAUGAUGGUGGAUCGAAGGAAAAUUUCUGCGUGAAGGGUUGGCAGUAUUGAUUGUGCUGCCAUCUGUGCCCAGGCUUUGCCACCUAUUUCCAAUCAUGACGAUUGGAAGUCAUGGGCAGGACUAGGAGGAGAAUCUCGUUGAGCAUUCGGAUGUUAUUUUUGUGUGUCAUGGGUGCUGUGUCAACAUUUGGUGAAAUUCAUGGUUGUGGAGAGCAGAAGGAUUGUUUAAGAUGUGACAUGAACAAGGGGUCAGGUAAUGAUGGUGACUCAUGGGCACCACACUGCAUCAAGUGUGCCCAUCUCAUAGUAAUGGGAUCCCGGCAAUGUGUGGACAGAUGUCCUGCAGGCUAUCGUGAAGACUGGUCUAGUUUUGUGUCAUAUAUGGGCCGAAUCUGCUACGAGACUGGUUUUUUUGGACUCUCAGGUCGGUCAUUGGCUAUCGUUGUGGGUACUAUAAGUGGUGCUGCUAUCUGCAUGGGUGUCCUGCUCGGAAGUUUUCUGUACUUGCGAAAUCGGAGACACAGGAUUACAAAGACAGCAAGUUUCUCUUCAUCCUCUGCCCGUAAUGAAUCUCCAGAUCAUGAUACACUGGAGAGGAAGGAGUUUGUGAAACAUUUGUCAACUCUUCGAUGUGAAGCUCCUGUUUUCUUAGCAAUGCUAAACGACACACGAAGACAAGUACGAGAAUUAUACCAUACUAACGGCCGUGGAGAUUCAGCUGUUCAAGCCUACAGACCAGUGUUGACAGACCUGGCACGGAUCCUUACACUUCUAAAUCGACCAGAGCAUUUGAUAGAGUCACCACCAGCUGAUUGGGAAAAGCUGCUGGCCUGGGGAGAGCGUGUGCUGCGAAGGUAUAAGAAGCAGAAUCCUCAUCAGGUUGCUCAGGCACAGCUGGUCAGUUUUCUUCAAGUUCCAAUUCAGACAAAUCAGUCAUCUACACCAUCCCUUUAUGUGAGUCCAGAACUGAAUCACCGGACACUCACGACGUUUCAACCCGUUGCAACAAAUCCCUCAGAAACGGAUAAACACGUUAAUUGUCAGAAUAACCAAAAUCACCACACUGGAGUUCCAGCAAACCAGAGCCUGCAAGAGCUGGCUAUAUCAACAUUUGACAAUAAUUAUAACAAUGCCCAUUUAGCUGGCAAUGACGCUGUUCUGAGGAGAGAUGCCACAGUGUUACAACCAUCUUUCAUCAGUGGGGACUUCAACCCAUGUUGGGAAUUCAGCCCAUCCAAUUAUACAAUACUUGCUGAGUGGUCUGCAAGCAGGGAUUAUCUCGAUGAAGAUGACUUCUUCACCCUUGGCUUCCGCCCACAAGAUGAGAUCACCACUGAACUCUGACAAUGGAUUGUAAAUUUACAGAAAAGUAUUUAUGUAACAUAUGCUUACAAAUCUUGGCUAUUGGUAUGAACUAUAUGAUGUAUAGUGUACUAUUACUCGGUCAUCCCUCAUUAUAUGUGAGGAUGUGGUCAUGACUGAAGAUUUGCACUCUUGUUUCUUGUGCCUGCAGUUAAAUACCUCAGGGACAUGACUGCGUAGUGCCUUUAUUUUCCAGUUUCAUUACCAUGCAGUUAACUUGCCUCGAAGAAAGCAGCAGUAACUAAUGAGUGACACGGAAGACCCUCAGCCAGUAGUCAGGUGUCAAGUAGGUUUUCAUAAUUGUCUCUGAUCUGGCUAUUUUUAUGUCUUGUGUGCUUGGUUUGAACUCUGUCGUGCUAAUUCUGAAGGUAUUAUGUAACUUUUCUGCAAGCAGGAUUUGUGUAAAGAAAACAUACUCAAGUAUAAAAACUUGAAAAGACUCGUUUAUUAGUAGUUAUGUAUAUACCAGUAAUUUUAAUUUUUUUAAGUCUUCUGGUUUUUGUUCAGGAAGUCAGUCUUUCUGUAUUUAAAUGUUGACUGAGACGUGAGAUUCAGAUAUAUUUGUGGCUUGUUUAGUUUAUUCUGUCAGAUUUCGUGCAGAAAGCCAGAUGAUUUUUUCAUGAGACCUAUAUUCAACCAUUCUCUCAUAUGAUGAACCUUCACCGUUUGUUCCUGUGCUUCUAAAUAAUUUGAAACUGAAUUAGUUACUUAAAUUUAAAUACUAUAAUGGCAAUGACAUUUAAUCAUUCUUCUUGUAUUUUAAAGAAAGAAGUAUUGUUAAUUGGUUCUCUUUAAUUUUUGAAAAUACAGUAUGUUUUUGUACUUAUUUUGAAUGUGUGAACUGGUUACUUUGACAGUUCUCUUUGGAUUGACAUUGUGUAAAUUUAUGCUUUUCACAUAGAAUUCAUUUAAGUGAAAAGGAUAAAAGCAUUUACCUUAACAGAAGGUUCACAGAUGGAAGGAGAUUGUCAAGUACUUUGUUCACUGAGAAUCUGAAAGUGAUAAAUUAGCACUGUAGAUCUGUACAUUGUUGAGUGAGAACAAUUUUUAAAACAUAAAUCUUAUAAGUUGCACGGUUGACCAUUUCUGUUGUGUGAACGUAUUGAAAAAGUUGUUAACUAAGAAAUUGAGCUUAUUUUGUUGCAUUUCCAAUGAUUGUAUUCAGUAACUGGAAAUAAGUUUGUAGUUGUAUCAUCUUUGUCAUGUGAGAUGUGAGGCAUCAUUUUACCAGGAGAGUGCUUUAUAUCUGCAUUUUCUUUCACCUCUUCCCUUUUAUGUGUAUGCAGUAGUAGUUGACUGCACUAGAAAUAGGCUGUAGUUCACAAAGUGCUUAAACCAAAAAAAAUUCUCUGACAAUACAUUGCUCAAGCAUAUAGAGAGUACUAGUCAUUCUUCCAGGUGAUUAUAUUUUAAUAGUCCUAAUUAUUACAUAAUUGAAAAUAUUUUGUGAAUAGUUUCAUACAUAUUGCAGCAUAAUGUGUAUAGUAAUUUUAAUACUUGCAGAUAUAUUUUAUUAUAUGUGUAUAUAAGAUGUAUACAUAAAACUGUUGUGUAAUGUUCUACACAAGGUAGAAUGAAUGAAGUACAAACUUUAUGUAUGUCUGUGCAGGACAGGUUAUGAAAUUUGUGAAUUAUUUAAUGUUGAGAAAAAUACAGAAUGCAUAAUAUUAUUAGAA